AUUGUUACUAGGCUAGGCUAGGGGCUAGGCUGUAAUUAAUGCGUAUAACAAUGUCUGCUUUGGUUUUCGGGGUGAUUAAAAAAAAGAGAGAGCAGCGAUCGCUCGGAGGAGGACCAAUAUUGUAAAUUAAGAAAAACAACAUGGAGAAACUGGUUAUACGUAUUACUUACCCGAUUGUAUGAAAAUAUUAUCAGCAAUACUCAACAGAAUUAUAUAGACUACGAAUUCCUAAAACAAACGGAUGACGCCCAUUUAACAACACGUGAUACUAUUGAAACGUCGCUUGCUGCGAUUCUAGUUACUUUAAUUUCUAUGAGUGUUCCCUCUCUGAACGGACGCCAUCUUUGUUUUAAAUUGCUAUCAAACGAACAAGACGAAGAAAAAGAGUUCGAGGUGAUCGACCUGGUCUCUUGUGGGUGGCGUAUUAUUUAUGAGUAAUUUUCUGUUAAUUGAUUUAAUCGAUUAAUGUUCAUGAAGUGUAUGUGUAGUGUAAGUAUAUUUGAUGUAAUCAGAAGUUAAUUGUAAUAUCGUCGCUAGCCGGAUAGUUUUCUUCUAGGCUGGGUAGGCCCAGAUUUAUAGUGUAACUCAUCAACUGAGUGUUUCGUCAGGACCCCCACGGAGACACCACUGAAGUGCAUACAGAAUCAAGGAAUCUUCUUGACAACUUCAGGGAGAAAUCUGCAGUUCUGCUGAAUACACACUACCCAAGCAAAGGCUUCGUCUUUGGCUCUGGAAUUUAGUCAGAUCUCGGGCAGAAGCUGUAGCCUACACCAGUGUGAGCAUGACAAACCACGGGGAUGACUGCUAUUUCUAUUUCUAUUCAACUUGUACUAAGGGAGAUAGUUGCCCUUUUCGUCACUGUGAGGCUGCUAUGGGCAGUGAGACUGUAUGUAAUCUCUGGCAAGAGAACUGCUGUUUUCGCAAGAUUUGUAAAUUUCGCCACAUGGAGAUCAAGAAAAAACGCAGUGAGAUUCCUUGCUAUUGGGAGAAUCAGCCAGCCGGCUGCCAAAAGCCCCACUGCGCCUUUCACCAUGAGAAGCCUCGUUUUAUUGAUGGGAUUUAUGUUCCACCUAGUAAAGUCCCAAUCAUAAGAAAGGAGGGGGAAGAAGAGGCCCUCUUGAUUGACCCACUGCCUCCAGCUCCUGCUCCUAUAGCCAACCCUGCUAACCCUCAGAUUCGUGGAGUGAUCAAGACUGAAACCCUAGAAAAUGUACCAAGUCCUACUCACCCUCCAGUGGUCAUAAACACUGUGGAUGAUGAGGACGAAGAUGAGGAUGAUCAGUUUUCAGAGGAAGGUGAUGAUCAUAAGACAGGAUCAGAUGCAUUGAGAAUUGUCUCAUCCAGGAAGUUAAGUAAUAAUCAAGAUGAUUCCUUGAAUUUCGGCAUUAAAACACUCGAGGAAAUCAGACUGAGGAAAGCACUGAAGGCAAAUUUGAAGAAAUCUGGUCAGCUUUCUGUCCAGGCCUGCAGCAACAAUGGAACCAGUGUAGAAAAGGAGAACAUCAGAGCUUCCCUGACAUCAGUGAUACUCACAGCCAAAGAGGAUUGCCAACUUCUGACUGAAAACCCACCAAAACGUCAGAUUGGUGACAGACUUGGAAAGAGGAAGGUCUCCCCCGGGGAUCAGCUUGUCAGUGCUAGCAGAGCUCAAAAGUCAGUGCGAAACCGACUGGGGUUGCCAGUAGAAUCUGCUUGCUCUGAAACUGACUCUACUGAUGUAAAAUUGGCUGGAGAGAUCCGAAUAAAAACCCUUGACGAAAUCAAGCAAGAAAAGGCAAGCAGAUUGCAGGAGCGAGCCAGAACAGGCAAUAUUUGCACUACUGCUAAACCCCCUGGCCCCCUGAAAAGACCAAGCAAAGUCUUGGCUAGCCCCGACAUCAGGAAAUGCUCAGAGGUUUUCCGUGCUAAAAAAGAACUGGAAGCAAAGAAGAUGAUUAGUGAUUCUGAAGCUUCGUUGUCAGAGAAGAAAGAGAUCCUUAUGGAUAUGGGUCUCCAGGGUCAAGGGUCGGCUAAAAUGGAGGAAGUCAGGGUAAAGACAUUGGACGAGAUUCGCAGGGAGAAAGCAGCACGGAUGCAGGCUAAAGUUCAAGAUGCCCAAACUGAGAAGCAGCCUUCUAUUGACAAAGGAUUCCCCAAGAGACGAAUACUUCACAUCAACAAACCCAUGGCCACAGAUGCUGUUAAAAUUAAUGAGCAGAAGACACGUGCGAGCAUGGAGCAAUCAACAAGGACUGUUGACGCAAAGAUGACGGCAACCAACGGAAGUGUGUGUUCUUCAGGAGAGAAUGUCAAUGUGAAAUCCUUUGAAGAGAUUAUGAGAGAAAAGAAACUCCGCAAGCAGCAGAUGGAGCAGGUAGAUUCCUCCCUGCAAUCGCAGCACAGCUCAGUCUUUGCCCAAGAACAAGCUAUACAGAAGGGAAAAUCCCUAAUCGCGGCCAGACCCGGAGGGAGUUCUAUACAACUGUCUCCGGAGUCCUCUACGCAGCCUAAGGCUUUGUUUGGAGGUGGAAAACAGAGGAUUGCACUUAAACAAAAAGAGAGUGCACCUGUCCCUCCUGCAGAACAGAAUAUUGUGGUGUCUACAUCCCUGGAAAAACAGGUGGAUCCUCCCUCCACCAGCCCCAUAAACUUUAUAUCAUCUUCGCGGAAAAGAUCCCCUCCUGUGUCCCUGCCAGCUCAUAACCUUGUUCCUGUGGAGGCAGAGGUUGUUCUCAAGAAGUCCGCUGGGCAGUUACCUGAACCAAAAGUGAGACCAAAACUGAAUGUGAAGCCAUCUAUAAUGAAGCUUGCCAAACAAGUGCAGCUUACCCAGAAAAGGAGAGAACCAGAGAGCCCUCGAUCUGCUGUUGCUGCAGUAAAGCCACUAAAUAGUACAGCUGUGGAGAUCAAGUCUCGGGAGCCAUCAUGUAAUCGUCCUGCAAUGUCAGCAUCCACAGGAACUUUGGACACAAGUGUACAAGGGAGCUCUCAGGUCCUUAAGUCUUUGGUUAUGGAAUACUCAAUGCAAGGUCCUGGUGACUUGGUAUUAGAUCUUGAAUCCUCCAGACUGCAGCCUCAGGUAGUCUCCAUCACAGACCAGAGAGGAACCACAUAUGAACCUGUUGUAUCACCAACUAAAGAGACAUCUAAAAGCACGUUUGCUAUAUCCAAGACACCUAACCAUGGUAAAGCCCGUCGACUAAGCACAGUGUCUGCACGUGCUUCUAGCUCUGCCGUGGAUGACUUUGAUGAGCUGAUGAAUGAAUUCACCGAUGACCGUCUAGAAGAUGAGAUGGAACUAGACCCUGGCAAGGGCGAGGACGACCUCCUGUUGGAACUUUCAGAAAUGAUUGACAGUUAAAUAUUUUUUAUUAUUCUUCAGCCUCCAACUUUUUUGUAAAUUAAACAAGUGAGGGUAUAAGUUGCAACUCCUGUUAUGUCAACUUCAUAAUGUCUGUUCUGCUUGAUGAAUUUGCAAUUUUUUCCCAAUUAGCAAUUGAUUUUUAUUUUUUUAAUUGGAUGAUAACUUCUCAUAGUACCCAAUACAUGUCUAGUUUCUUUAUAUUUAACAUUUAAAUGUGCUUUUCAUGUUCCCAGAGGGAAUUAUGUAUUUUAGAAAGCUUUUUCUGUUUUGGGUUUAGUAGCUAUCGUCACCAUUUAAAUAUGGAAGCUAAAUAGAAGCCUCACCAUUUUGGUUGAAUAUGGUCAUAUUCUUCCACAUUUGCUGUGGUGUCUUAUAUUUGGUCAUAACAGAACAAUUAUGCUUUAGUUAAACAGGAUUUAAAGAAACCAUGCCGAUGGUGUUUUUGUGUGGCCUAUACUUAGUGUGAAAUAUUGGAAGAAACUAGAAUUAAGUUAACCUUUAGAAUUAUAAUGUUUUUUGGUGAGGUUUCAUAACUAUGGAGCUUACCUGUAGUUUUUAGAAUGGGUUUCGGGUUUUGUAUUGACUGGAAUUUUUGCUACAGGUAAGCUGUCAAAUAUAUAAUUUUUACAGAGCCUACUCUAAAAGAAUUUAAUAUGUGAAUAUGUAACUUGCAUUUUGUAGACCUCAAAGCCACCACUGAGGAACAUUCAGGAUUAUGUCUGGAUAUCUUGGUUCCAUUUUUAAAAUGACAGUAACCUGGAGACACAUGAAACAGGGAUUUCUGCAAGUGUCCAUGCAUGUUUUACAGUGUAUGCUGAUGGCUUCUCAGUAUGAAGACUAGCUCUAGAAAAACUUACAAAUAUUAAAUAGCAUUAUGAAGGGCUGUGAAUUGACUUCCAGGGAGACGUAGUAUUAACUAAUAAGCUACCUGCAAAUGGUGGUUUAGAAAUGGUGUAUAGCUGCAGACCCAUCAGUUAAAUCUUGCAAUAGACAUGUAACUUCUGUUAUGGUGUUUAAAUUUUGUAAAACGUUACUUGAAUAAUUAAGGGUCAUCUUUGUCAUUUACAACGAAAUCUGAUUCGUAAUGUAUUAAUAAAACUUGCUUUUAAAAUUAAGUAAUUUUCAAACAUAAGCCCGUGCACUUAAAUAUAAGGUGCUUCUCAGGGAAUAAAUGCUGUUUCCAUAUGCUGAUACCCACGUUGAGCUUCUGCUGUAAAUAAAAACGUUUGGUUUUGCCCUCGA